AUGCCCAAUCCCCUGCCACUUACGCAAGCCUUUCAGAAGGCUCAAGAGGACUCGGCUGCAGAAAGCAGCGACACCAUGAAGCCCGAGGGUGUGGAAGCACUCCUUCUCUUUCUACUUUCCCAUGUUCUUGAUACCAUGCCAGUGGCGAACAAACCCCAACCCUGUGCUGUCUGCAAAGAACCCUCUUUACUUGAAAGCAAAGGAAGCCGUGUUUAUCAACCAAUGCGCGAAGCUGAUGAGCGUCAACUCGAAGCGGCAGAUCAAUUCAUGAUGGCGGAGUUGCAGCAAAUGUGCCGAGGGCGCGUGGUCCAAGCCUCGCUCUCCGGCACAGUGGACGAAGCCCGAAUUGACAUUGACCUUUUGCUGACCCACUUGGGUCACGGUGCUGAAUCCCUGGACAGCGAGCUUGUAGAGGCCCUAUUUCAAGCGCAUGAGCGCAAGGCUGACCUCAUGGCAGAGCUGGAAGAAAGCAUCGCCAACUACUACUGCCCCGGCCACCAUCACAUGCGGAUUGUCAAUGAGCCAUAUUCCACGUUUCGCGAGCAGUUGUCAUGGUGCUGCGAUCUUUGUGGGUGCUCGGGCCGCGGCUUGGUUGCGCAUUGCGAGCCUUGCCAACACGAUGUCUGCCUCAGCUGCUUGGAGCGGGAGGAGGAUUUCGAGAUCAGCGGCCAAGUUAGCAUCCGCCUCAAAUCGCAGGCAGAACAACGUCCCGAAGAGCAUGAGACCUCAAGCCCAGACCAGACCGCCCUGUUGACCCAUUUUCUACCAGCCUUUGAAAGUACCUUUGCUCGUCGCUUGGAGGACCUGAAGCCCCUUGAAGAGGUGCAAAUCCCUCUUGACGUUUUCAAGCCAAUCACCCGAGCAGACUUGCGACGCGCUUGUGACGCCGCAGGCUUUAUCGGUGCCAUUCGACUUGAGUGUUGUUUGCGACGCCCUGCUGCACACAACGCCUUGCAAGCCUUGGAGAAUCAACUAUUUCUGGCUAGCUUAGCCGUUUUUCGAGCCUUGGUAUUGCCUUCAAAGCAGCAGGUGGCCGGUUUUCCAAAAGCUUUGGCUGUCUUGCGUGAUCUGCAAACCGCCUGCGCACAAGAACUUGGCAGUGUACAUCUGCUUACCGAAGCUCUCGUCGCAGGCCUCAGCGCGACAGUAUAUGCUGCCAUUCACGAUGUGCAAAGCUUUGACACCCGCGCACAGCUGCAACAACAAGCCCUUCAGGCCCUGACUGGAGACGACGCCCCCGGGCCUGGAGCGCGUGGGGCGCGGGUCCGUCAGCAUAGCGAACGUGCUUCGUCCCCCUGGCUCGGUCGUUUGGGCACGUUGCUGGGUGGUGCCUGGAGCGCUCCGCCGGCCAAUGAGCCAGAGCCCGACAAGCAGCCAGCGCGUCGGGACACAACGAUUAGUCCCAUCCCUCCACCGGACUUGAGCGUGUCACCACCAGCACCGGUGUUUUGGGAAACUUCACCGCAACUUGGCAGCGACGACCAAGCCCGCAAGCUAUGCUUUGCGCUCACAUCCUUGCAACAACCUAGCGACUUAAUUGUCCUGCAGGAUGGCGAAGCUGGCGCCCGCCUCGAGCUCAAAGGCGUGGAGGACUUCAGCAGCCUAGGCUCACUAGAUCUGAUUAUCAACUGCAUUUUCCACCCUGGCAGCUCCCCCGCCCUUGCUUCACCCUUGACCUUGCCGUGGCGCCUGCACCGCUGGGAACCUUUUGUACUCCCGCUGCCCGAUGUCAAAGCCUUCUCUGUCACGGUGGGCUCGUCGGAAGCGCUACUCCCCUUGGCGGCCGCAACCGUCUGCGUGACGCUGCUGAACUGCCCAUCUGGGUAUCACCUGGUUACGCAACAGAGCAUUGCCAGCCGGUCGCCUAGCCCCUUGCCUGUGGGCUACGUGAGCCAAGCCUUUGCUAUCAAAAGCCAUACCUACUCCUUGUUUACACUGCGUCUACAACGCAGCAGCGAGUCAGCUGCAAUGACUCAGGCCAGGAUUGAUGAGAUUCGCACCGACGGCCGACAACGCCAAUAUGAUUGUGAAAGCCGCAAUGAAACUAGCCUUAUCCUGGACCGCGAUGCUGUGAGCAUCUCGUUCACGAGCUUCACGCGAAGCGAAGCAGAGCUGGAGGGAUUUGCCAUCACUGUAUUACCUAUUAGCCUGGAGCCUCUGCCAGCCCUAGCUGAGGAGAGUCGCCACCUGCAAGCACAAACUCCCCUGGCCUUUGCGCUUGUUGCGCUCACAGCGAGUGAGCCUAGGCUUCCGGCCCACGUGGGUGCGCUGCCUUCACCUCUGCUGACUGCUUUGAUACCGGGCCAGUGCGAGCACUGCCACAGUGAACACAGCGCCACCCGCGUCAUGCUGCUUGAAGUGCUUGCGGGUGCCGCUCACCCAAUGCUCCAGCAACUGUACACGUUUGUUUUGACGCGGGGAUUGCAAGCUCGGAACUUUCAUCACUGUACGACCCGCCUCGCGCUCCGCAUGGUGUUUGUGUGCGCGUAUGUCCUGGGAUUGACCUUGGCCGAUAUGCAACGUGCAUUGAACACGCCUCACUGCCUCGAGCGUCGCCAGUUGAUCGCAUGCGUUGAGACAGCCUUUGCGCUACAACGCCACCUUGUCACGACUGACCCCAGUCUGGAUGCCGUGGAUGUGCCGAUCGAUGCCGAGUCAGAGGUGCCCGCUUCGGUGCCGUCGGCUAGUACCUACGCCGCCAUUGUGACAGGCAACAGCUCGGCUUCUGCAAACGACGUACAACUGUCGUCUGAUUCUCGAAAUGCAUCAACUCAAGCCAAAUUUGCCUCGGCCCAGGCUGAGCCUAAGACACUGGCUGACACCACCCAGCUGCUGCGGGCCAUCGUUCAGACCUACUGCCCUUGUCACAACUCUGAGGAGGACAACGAAGACAUACACGAAGGAGUGAAUGACGCAGUGCCCCAAGCCUCCGCGAGCGUGAACAGAGAUGACAACUCGAACGGCUCCUCAAAUGGCCGUCCUCCUCCCCUCUUGACUCCAGGCUUUUCUCACAUGGAAGCUCGAUCUCACAGCGUUCAUGGUGAUGCUUCGGGAAGCGCAGCUCGUGCUGCCGCCUCCGCUGCCGCCGCCACCGCAUCAUCGGUGAAUCAAAACUUCGAUUUGCAGCUCGAAAGUUGCAAAGUCCGGGGAGCAGAUACACAAGGCAAUGGCAAUGCAUCAAUGCCGGCAUCUCCCCGCCGAUCCCGAGCUGCACCGCGCGGCCUGGCACCGCCUCGUACAUCUUCAACCGUGCUCCCCCGUCAGGAAACCACAGAGUGUCCAGAACGCCCGCCAUUGCAGCGCUCGCUGACAGCACCAUCCGCUCCGCUCACGGACAAAGCUUGGCGUCGUGUGUUAAAAGGAAAAGGAUCACGUGCGCUUGGCCGGCAGUUUGCAGCCACUUACCGUCAACAAGAGGUGUUAACUGCCCUGCUGGAGGCUUGCAAAGGUCGUCUGUCUGGACCUGAGCUUCAAGCACAGCUGGCAGCCCAUCGUGCCGCAGUUGUCGACGCUUCGGAACGCAUGUCCUUUUUAUAUACCAUGCAAAAUGUACUGCACCCAGCACUCUUUCACACGAGCCACCGUGCCGUGUUGGCGAUUGAGCAAGCUGAACGCAGCGUGGCUUCAGCAUCUCAAGAGGCCAUCAGCCCGAGCGGCGCUGCUCUGCCCGACGCAAGCGAUGCAGCCAUCGUAAUGGAGCUGAUUAGAGUGGAGAUUCAAAAUCUGCGCUCCCUAGUUCUUGUGCAUGGCAGUGGCACCGUCACCCCUGCCCUCAUCGACUACGUCGCCGCUCGCUUAGUAACGAUUGGCGCGUGGCUUCGGCGCGUGGACCACCCGCGUCAGCUUUGCACCGUCAUGCAUGCGCUGCAAGCCCUGCAGACGAAACUUGACCCUCUUCGCUUCACGGAGAGACCCAUUAUCUUGCUGCGCCGCUGCGUCUUGAUUGUGCUUUUGCGCUGUCUGGGUCGUGAUAGUGCUGGUACGGGCGGCGAAGUAGUGACCAUUGAGUCUCAUCGACAAGUUCUUCAAGCUGCGCUAGAAACCCUUGCUGCCCCCGCCCCUCGCACAUUUGUGAUUGAGGCACUUGUGGCCAUUCUGCUUUGUUUGGGUACACCCGCGCGUGGCGCGAACACGGCCGUGGCGCAAGUACUCCGCACGGUUGGACCCAGUCUUUUGGCAAACACAGCGCCGCUUGUUCAGGUGCUAGGCGUACACCUCCUCAAUGCUGUGCAUGAUAGCUCGGGGGCUUGCCUCGACAUCUUGUUGGAUUACGCUCUUCGACCGUACGUGCUUGUUGGUGUGCCCAAUGCACAGGCGCAUGCAGCUCAGCUAGCAUGUUUGCAAAUUCGCCGACGCUUAAGUACUCAUGAACACGCUCUCAAGCUCCUGGAACCACGCUUGUUGAGCUGCUUGAGUGAGCUGGAGGCAGUUCAAGCCGCAAAUAGCAGCAAGGCAACCCCAAGCACAAACAACUCAUCUGACCUAGUCUCGCCCCAGCUACAGCCGACCUUUGUCGGGCAUCCUCUUUUGCAACUUGACGCUGGUGUCACCCGCCUUCAAGGUGUAUGCAGUUAUGGCUCAGCAGAGCGUCAGCUGCAGUGGAUUCACUUGACGCUGGGGCCCUGCGCAAGCAAUGGCCUCAUGACUGCCAGCUGGUCGAGCAUGGGCACAUUGCCCCUCCCGAACGAGCUUUCGGCCAUUACCACAGCGGUCGCAGUCGGCGGCGAAACCCUUUACUUUUACGACGCUCAAUGGACUCGACCUACUUUGGCUCUGCGACAAGACACCGUCGUGCGCACAAAGAGCUUUCAGCAGGGCUUGUGCACGAGUGAACGCCCACUCCCCGUGGACGAUGACCAGCAUUGUCGUUUUGUCGUAUACACCGGCUCUGAUUCGGAUGAUUCGUGGGCUGGCAAUGUGAGCAUCGGUGUUCUCCGUGUGGACCCAUCUUCGUGCUUGCCUGCUGCCCCGACAAUCAUCACAGAUUUGAGUGAUGUAGCCGUGUAUUUGGAUGGGACCUCAAUCAAGUACCAGGGUAGCGUGGUGAGCAGUGAUUACGGGAUAGGCCGACCUCUCUCCACGGGGAUGCAUGUUGAAGUGGAUGUGGACCCGGAAGGCAGCGUGAGCUUUAUCAUUGACGGAAAACCAUGUGGUGUUGCCUUGAAAAACUUUGUCCCGUCCACCGCCACCACCCCACUUUACGCCAUUGUAGAUGUGUAUGGCCAGUGCCAAUCCGCCCGCAUCGCAGCCUCGCACCGAAGCACCGCUGCGCCCCAUAGCUUUGCCUUUGCUGGCCGGGAUGAGCUGGUGCAAAACUGCUUGAGACUCACCACACGGAUGCGCCUCGAGACGCAGCCAACACAACCGACGGGUGAUAAUGAUGGUAUCACAACUUUGGAAGGAUCCAAACCGGCAGGCCCAGCAGGCGCGGUCACGCCCGAGCCUACGCGUGACACCAAAACGACAGAAGCCGAGCUUGACCCAUUGCCUGCUUUGCGCGCCUGGAUUCGAGACGCGGGCGUGUCCUCGCAGUCCGCCCCUGUGCUGAUGCUGGAUCGACUUCCUUUCCGAGCCACCCUAUUGCAGCCUGCGCUUAGCGCACCACCCUUAGGCGCUUUACACCAUGAUUCCAUUCUGCUACCGCCCCGUAUGGUGGCCUGCGAGCUCACCCAUGUGCCAACCAAAUUGGACGUUGCUGCUGAAGAUGAUGGCGACGGAAGUGCCGAUAGCAAGAAUGAGGGCAUCGGCGCCCCCUUGCCUCGUCUCCCCUUCCGACAUCAACUUCGGGAGACGUGGUUGCACGUGACGCGACUGGUGUUUGCGCCUGAUUUUGCGAAACUCGCGAUGGCCGAGCAAGCUGGGCUCCUUGGGGCCAGUUGGGCUCUGGCGCAGACGUAUGACAUGCAUGAUCUCCUGCCAAGAGAAGACGAUGAUUGGGUGACCGCUGCCUUGGAACGUGCAGUGCAACCCGCUCCCCUGCGUCACUUAUUCGCGACUGAUCUGCCCACGGCUUUGCAGCGGCUUCUUGAGCCCACCACAACUAAACACGUCCGCCGAUUUUUUGGGCAGGACGCUCCAAGCCGCUUUGCACAUCUUGAGUUUACUACUGCGACUGAAGCACUCGAGCAGUAUUUGCGGCGCGAAGGCCUGCACAGUGACGGCCCCGUUUGUUCUUGUUGUGAUCGGGCCAUCACGCUCGGCCCGACAUUUGAAGUCGACGUUGAGUUGCGCAAGCUGUGCAGUGCCUGUGCCCACAUGUGCACGACCCCUGCCGAGGUGGCUCAGGGCCCGGCUUGGUGGCCAGCGCCUGGGCCUAGCUGUCAGGCUGAGGCCGGCCCCAUGGGCUGUCGUGCGCAUCAUGUUGAUAUUUCUGAUCCCGCUAGUGUAGCGCGGUGUACAUCAGCAACGCUGACUACAUCUACCAUCCUAGCGUCCACUAGGAGCGAGUGCGUGCCCCCGACAACAGCCAAUGGGGGUGGUGUACCCGUGACCUUUUGGCGUUUUGAUCUUUACCGUCAAGACCAGGGUGAGGUGGCCCUCAGUGGCGUGCAUGGCUUUGUUUUGGACACGGAGUCGGGAGAGGAAGACAAGCUGGAAUCUGUACUUAUGGACGUAUCGGUGCACCAGCCGCGGGAAACAACAACAAAUUGUCCGCCGCGCCAGCUCGAAGUCAGCGUUUCUGCUAAAGUCUUUUCCAUCUGCUUGGUGAUACCCUCCACUUACCGACUUGAAUAUGUCGCCCUGGCCUCGGAUGGCCCCCUCGCCGUGCAACGCGUCAUAGGCCGCCAAGGCCUGUGCUUUGAGCACACAGAUUUAUGGUUUGCCCACGAUCUUUCGAAACAUGUGGGCUCCAACACGGUCGCUUUGUUGCCCCGUCCUGCACUGCGCCACCUUCGCGGCUUUGGGAGAAGCAUGGCGAAGACUGCACCAGUUCUUCCCUUGUCUUGUCAUGAUGAGCUGAACCACGUGCCUUUGGACAUGGUGAGCUUCGCCCUUGCUGACCAUCAGGAAUACCAGCGCGCGACGCACGCUGCCGUGCAGACCCUGCAGAUCCAGUUGGCCAGGCUCAUUGCUCUCGGUUGGUGGAAGCAGCAAAAAGGCAAGCUGCGCUGUUCGGCCCCCACCUCAGCAGCCAGCUCGCCGGCUCGUGUCGAAGAAAAAGCGGAUGGGUCGCCUUGCCCGGUUGAUGAACCGGGGUCAUGGCCCUGGACACUCGCGAUGCUACGACUAUGGGGAGCUCAGCGUCUAGUUCCAGCUGCGAACACGGCAGCUUUGGCUGCAACCAGUCUAUCAAGCGAGCAGCUACCCGUGAUCCGACUCUCUGGGGAGCAAUUGGACGACCUAGCAAGUCUUUUGCUGGCCGAGAGCCAACGCGUGCGUGAAGUUGCUGGUCCCACUGUGGCCACGCUGAUCACCAAAGACGGUGAUAACCAGCCGCACUUGCUUCAGGGCCAAGUGAUCUUGCCCAAUGCAAGUUCCUUGCGCCUGGCCGUGCCUCACCUCUGCGUGGACAAGUGCACUUUGCACCUGUGCGACGGCACUGGUCUGGAGCUGGCCUGUUUGAGCGAAUCAUUGCAGUCCAACGCGGUUUGGACCGUCCCAGGCAACGAAGUGCGUUGGUUCCUGCGGGGAUCUACUGAAGCGCUGCAAUCGGCCCGUUUUCAAAUACGCGUUGCUCGAGCGUGGAGUCAGGAGCUCGUUGAAGACGCUGACAUCCUCACAGCCAACGGUAUCAACUUUGGUUUCUUGGAAGCAGCACAGGCGCUUUUACACCAGCACUGUGCCGUGCUCUCAGAGCGCGCCUUGCUUGAUUGGGCUGAAAGCUGUUGCCUGCUGGCCCAACUUCCGUGGGAGGGUGACCAAACGCUUGGACCACGACAACUGGCAAUGUUGGCUGACGUACUUCCCCAUAUCAUGGCUCAGCUGGGCCCGACGAUCCGAUGCCGCUUGCGUGCAGUGCUGCAGCGCGUGCAGCUGCGCCGCCACCUUGAAUGGAACGACUUUUUUGGUCAAGUUUUUGCUCAUAAUGAUUGCCUUUACCGAGUCAUCGAUAUCACAACCAUGCUGCAUACGCGGGAAGACGACGCGAGUCUCAAUGAUUUUCGCGACGAAGGGACCGAUGGUGGACAAGAAGACCCCCGGCUUCGGUUGAUUCUGAAGGCCGAACGGGUAGACUGCGACGACUCGUUGGACACGGGAUCAGAAGACACGAUUUGCGUGGAGAUGUAUCCAUGGCGUGCUGCUCAAGAGCUAGCCUCGCACUUGGACAUGUUGCGGCUCAGCAGCCCUGCACUGGUACGGGUGCUGCCUUUUCCGCUCCGUGCAGAGGAACCGGAUAGGGAUGAUGACUUUUUUGUGGAUGAUGCAGACUUGCGCGGCCAGCUAUUGCUCCCUGAGGAGCCAGAACAUGGACAGAGCCUCAACAGUCAUCGUGCCGCCAAGACCUGGGAAGGUGAUCGCCAGACCCUAUCAGAUUUGCUGCGACAUUUGCGGGCCCGCCUUUUCACUUUCCCAUUCGAUGGAACGAUUCCUGGCUGGCACACCUUGAGCACUGAGUUGACGGCGAUUCAAGCAAGCCUGGAAUCAUCCCACUCUGCUACGCUUGCACAUGCUGCCAUGGGUGGUUUGGAAGGCAGCCCGGCCAUGAAUGCGGUAUCUUCCUCAGCUGGCCGGUGGGUGGACAUCGAAGAGACAAUGACUGCGCUGCGUGCCCAACUCCAUGGGCUUGGAGAAGAGAACGCUGAUCACAAACGCGUUGUUGUGGAUCAUGUUCGUGACCUCGAUGCAGAGCUCAACACAACAGACACUGAGGAUGCCAUAGCGAUUAUUGCAGCUUUGCUGAGUGGCAGCCAUAGUGGGCGGUCGCCUUGGGCGUUAGCUGAGCUGCUCUUGACACUGGAGGAGCAACUUGAGCAAGCACAGUGCGUGCGAGAGGCUCACAAGACGGCCCCCGUCGUCAUGCUUCCACUUUAUCGCAUUGCAGGCGCCGUUGGCCUUCGCAGCAUGACUGUACCCUUCGCUUCGCAAGCGGAGCCAUUUCCCCACCCAGCUGACUUUGCCAGGCGUUCUGAUUAUGUGGCCUUUGUCAAAGCGCGCCUGCGCCCAGGCAUGCGGGUGCAACUUUUGCAAGAUUCGGAGGGCGUGAGUGCCGGGGAUGUCGGCGUAUUCAUUCAGUCCAACUCCAGAACCCCACCCGUGCAAUGCAAGUGGAAGCAAUACGGUCACACGCGAUGGGUACAUUGGCAUGAGAUCGUGUUGCUACCCCCCACCGAGGUACCUGGUUUGAGCCAGACGCAUGACAUUGGCGAGGCCACCCUCAAAGCCCUCUCGUGGUCUGCUCAUGAGGAGACGAACUCCCCUCAACAAGGCAGUGAACUGGCUUUGUCAGCGACCACAUGGGAUAGCCAAGAACCUGGUCUCGAAAAUUUGUGCGACAGCGCGCGAACCAGAGUCGAGGCGGUGGCUUCGUCGUUGCUACAAGGAGAGGCAUGGAGCCUCUUUGCGCUUCUGGCAGACGUGCAAUUGCAACCUGAGCAAUGGCAGGCAGUGGUAUUCACGGCGCGCUUUGACGAAGCUGGUCGCUGGGCACAUGCCGGGCCUCUGACAUGGAUAGACCUGGCGCUACGUGGCGGUACCAUCCUGGGUGCACAGCUGUGCAUGGAGCUGCUUGGCAUGCACGAUUUGAUGACGACUGGUGAUGACCUUGACUUGAGCACGUUGAUUCGUGUCGGUGCCGUUGAUCGUGCCUUGCUGGCUGUGAUGGCUCACCAGUCACCUGAGGCACAGCACGACAUAUUGAGGCAGUUGCCUCAGGCGCGACGCAGCGCACUUCUAGGCCGUGCAGUUGAACUUGGAGCGUGGCGUGACUCAGCGGUGCGCCUUCCUCCCUUGAUGACACGAGGAUUGGUGCCCCAGUUAUGGGACCCCAUGCUUCAGGUGAUGCGAGUUUUGGACGUGAUGGAGGCUUUGGCAGAAGGCAGCCAUCCGCUGACGGGCGUCAACCUCCUACAUUGGGCUCUCUUACCAGCCGUUUACCAAUAUCACUGCAUCUUUGCCCCAAGCCGGCGUGUGGAUGUGCAAUAUGGCCCCUUUUUUACUGAGAAAGCUGAUGCAGCGCUGCUGGCCUGGGGUGACGAGCUCGCGCAUGCCUUAAACCCUCGCGAUGACGAGGUGGCCGUACCGAAACCCGCUUUACUGGCGUUGGAUGACGUUCCUGCCGAGGAACCAGCGAUGUCGGAGAUGACUUGUUAUCAGCCCUCGUGGUGUGCGCAGCCCAGUGUUUCAGCUUUGCUGUCCGAGCUGGAUGCGCUUGAAGCGUGGUGCAACGAGCCUUCCAAAGUGGCUGUGUUGCAUUGGCAUGACCACUACGAUGUGAGCCAAGUAGUAGCCCUGUUACGUGGCAUGUUAGCCCGACGUUACCCCUUGGUGGUGACUUGCUGGCCUCAUGCCCUAGCAGGCCGCGUGACUGAACUACUCAAUGCCGGCAUGACUCUGGUGGGCCCGACAAUAUAUGAGCUGGGUGUGGAUGCUGUUUUGUGCCCGUUGCCCUUCUUGCGCGAAGGCGUGCGCCACAUCCUCGGAGCGCUACCUCUUCCAUCAGACCAUGAAGCCUGGCUCCAGGCCGUGGCUGCAUCAAGCGGCGACAAUCAAGAGGUUCGGAUCACUUAUGAGGUGCCUGAUCAUGAGCACGUGCUUGCCGGGGUCGACCAGUCUCAUCUAUUUCCUCAGAUGGAACCUCAUUCAACCAAUGGCUUCUACUGUGACAUUUGCAACCGUCGAAGUGAUAGCAAUGAAGGCCGCGUAUGUAGGCGCUGCAUCAGUGGCUGCGAUUACGACCUUUGCAGCUCAUGCUUGGCUGAAGAAACUUCAAAAAGCACGACGCAACAUACGCGCCUUGUACGUGCGACAGAGCCAUCACUCUACCGACCUGUGCGUGCAAAUGGCCAAGAUCCUGCACCAGCACUGCCGGCGACGCUGGAUGGCCUUGCACACUUACCCAUCCAAGCGCUGCGGGCGCGCUACGGCACCCUGCGCUGGGCUGGCGAUAUGAUAGUUGCCCCACAUCUCAAGCUGCUGCAGUUUCUGCAAGAUCCCAAGCUCCACCGUGCGCGUGCCUGGAUCUCGAUGCCGCUGAAGGAGGAGCUACUCAAGCAACACUUGACCAGCACCAUGCGCACCGAAGCCGAACAUGGGCCCACCCUACGUGUGGACCGAUUGCGUGCUCAGUCACUCGAAGCAUGGGACGUGCAAAGCAACCGCCUCCGACUACCAACGCUGGCAGAGGAAGCGCGGACCGUGUAUGCACAAAUCGCUGAGCAGCUGGCGGUGCACGUGAAAGAGGAUGCGCGCUUUUUGCACCUGGCUUCGAAGUUUUGGAAGAUUCGCCUGCUGGGUGAAGGAGGAGAUGACUAUGGAGGGGUCUACGCCGAAAGCACAACCGAGUGUCUUUCAGAGCUGCGGGACAUCAAGACUCGCGUCUUGGUGCCCACACCCAAUGGGGUAGCGGACCAUGGCAGCCAACGAGAUUUGCUUCUCAUCAACCCCGACCUGCGCCCGUUUGAGAGCGAACAUGAUCGGACUCUGCUGCACUUUUUGGGAUACUUAAUUGGCUUCAGCAUCCGUUCGGGUGAGCCCAUUGACCUGCCACUGGCCCCGUGCAUGUGGUCGAUGUUGCUCGGCACAGCCCUUACAGCUGAGGAUGUGCCGGAGGUGGACCUGAGUUUUGCGCGCACGCUCAACCAAAUCCGCGCCCUACCCGAGGACGACGAUCUCUUGCUGGCGUGCUGCCUGCCCACAACCAUGUGCACGGCGGGCGGUCGACAAGUCACGGUAAUUGAAGGACUCGACGUGCUGGACGCGCGAAACAAGCAGCGGUUUUGCGAUGAGGCUUUGCGCAUCUACUUGAAGCAGUUUGACGAGGUGUUGACUCCCGUGCGGGAGGCACUUGCCAAAGUUCUGGCGCAUGAGCACAUGUUGUACAUGUUCACGCCCGCCGAGCUCGAAACGCUGGUGUGCGGAAGCCAGGACGUGGACCUGGCCUUGUUGCGCGCCAACACGCGUUACGAGGGAUUGAAAGAGACGGACGACGUUGUGACGUGGUUCUGGGAGCUCCUGCUUCCGCACUAUCGAUCAAAGAAAGCCUUGCGACAAAAAUUGGUCGCGGCCAUAGAGAACUGUCGCGCCAUUGAUGCCGAUUACAACGCUGCUGACGUUGAUGAUGACGACUCGGAUGAAGAUGACUCAUACUUCACAGACGAAGAGAGCGGUGAUGAGAAUGAGUUUAUGUGGUAUGUGUGA